GAUGUCGAUGCAAUAGGUGAUUCCCCUGAAACGCAGCUUCUGUUAUGAAGUGGGGAUUAAAAAUUUUCAAUUUAUUGAUUUUUCGAUCGAUAUUUUUUACAGUGAUGGAUUUUUAAAGUUGUACUCGAUUUUCCAAAACCACAAUUAAAAUGCUGGGAACAAAACCAUUCGUUUCAAAAAGUUUCACCCACUUGCGAGGGGUGAAUUCAAAUGAACAAAGAUAUCACCAUCAACAUGACUUUCAGCUUGGUUCAAUGCAUUGGUUGGCUUCAUGGAGACAAGCUGCGGUUUAUAAAAGAAGAAGAUACACAAGAAUGCUGAAGGUGUUCAUUGCAAUUGCUCUUCUCUUGACUUGUAUGUUCAAUCUUAAGCUGCUAAUAGACGCAAAGUUAAAAUAUGAGCAACAUAAAGCAAUGUUUGUGUAUGACAUUGACGUAGACAUAGACGACGUAGCAUAUUUCCAUAGAAGCAUGCUUGAACAAAAACCAACUGUUGAUUCAAUUAACUUAGAGCUUGUUUCAAGUAAAAACCUUGUGUCAGUAAAAGUGAACAACAAGUUAGUUUACGAGGAUCAACAGGCUGAAGCUGGGAGAGGAAUUCAUGUGGUUGUGUUGAACCAAGCUAAUGGUGAAAUGAUGGGAUCUCAGGUGUUUGACACCUUUAUAGAAGGUCAGGAUGAACUGAUGAUUCAAUACUUGAAGGCAAUUAAUGACGAGAAUCGAAUGAUUGCGUUUGCUGUGAAGGACGAGGCGUCAAUGAACUUGGGACGAAAAACUAAAAUUUAUCUGGAAACACUGGGCAGCAAAAUGGUCGGUAGAUUGGGUUGGAGAAGUACUUGGGUGAUGUUGUGUUAUAAUAAUGGUCAACUAAUCAAUGAAGAAAUGAAAUCAACAGAAGUUAACAACGAAUGGGCACAACCUAUUCACAUGCAUGCUCAUGUUAAACCAUUGACAGUGAAGGAUUAUUCUUCAUGCAAGUGGUUGGAUUCAAUCGAAAGUGAUCGACGUCGAGAGUUUUGUUCACGAUACGAGGGAUAUGGUUCACUAUGCGAUUGCCAACAUCCACAAGAAAUUAGUUUUCCCACGAGAAAGUUGGAAAAUAAUCGAAUUUAUGACGUUCCUGUUGCUGUAAUUGCCAGUAAUCGACCACAAUAUUUGUACAGGAUGUUAAGAUCGUUGUUACAAGCAGAUGGUGUAAACAAAAACAACAUCAUUGUGUUUAUUGAUGGUCAUUUUGAGGAAACAAUGGAAGUGUCCCGCUUGUUCGGGGUUAAGGGGAUUUAUCACACCCCAUCUGGGGUAAAAAGUUCGCGGAUAUCCCAACAUUAUCGAUCCAGUUUAUCCGCGACCUUUGAUCUCAACCCUGAUGCAGAGUUUAUGAUCAUUAUUGAGGAAGAUCUUGAUGUUGCUCCCGAUUUCUUCAGCUACUUCAACCAGGUGUUUCCACUUUUUCAAUCCGAUGAUUCAAUAUAUUGCGUGUCUGCAUGGAAUGACCAUGGCUACCAUCACUCAAGCGAUGACAACAGUUUACUUUACCGUGUUGAAUCCAUGCCAGGGUUAGGAUGGAUGCUACGAAGGUCAUUAUUUGUCGAGGAACUAGAACCGAACUGGCCCGGACCAGAAAAGCCAUGGGAUUGGGACAUGUGGAUGCGACAUCCAGAAAUACGAAGAGGAAGAGAAUGCAUCAUCCCUGAUGUGUCGAGGACCUUUCAUUUCGGAACAUCGGGAGUAAAUAUGAACAAUUACUUUCAUCGACUUUAUUUUCAAAAUCAUAGAAUUAAUGAAGAAAGAAAUGUCAAGCUAAAAAAUGUUUCACUUUUAUCAAAAGAUAAAUACGAAGUUUUAAUGCACAAGCUUAUUAUGAGGUCGUCGUUACUUGACCACACGAGGUCACCAUGCGAUGAUGAUUUCGUCUCACCAGCAUCACCUAGUGGUCAAUCGUAUGUCGGGUUUUUUAAAAUGGAUGACGCAAACCAUAUGACGGAUUUUCUUGCGAUUUUGAAAUGUUUAAAACUUUGGGAUUUAGACGCACGAGGCUUACAUAAAAGUUCGUUUCGGACGUUUGUUAAUCAUAGACAUCUUAUAUUUGUGGGUUAUCCUGCGUCACCGUAUAGCUUAUAUAAACCUGUGGGAUUAGAACUACUAAAAGUUGCUACAGAUAAGAACAGAUGAUACGAAAGGUACUGUGUAUGUUGUUAAUAUUAUAGAUAUCAAUUUUACUGAGUUAAUUAGUCAAUUUUUAAGUACAUCAUAUAUUGCCUGCCAUCUAGUUUUUAAGUCUGUAGAAUUUUUUUGCCAAAAUUUAAAAAAAAUGAAAUUUUCUUAAUAUCUGCGUGAAUUCUGCAUUUUUUAGUGGAGAAAGAAAAAGUUUAAAUUUCAAAAAAUUUAACUUCAAUCAUUUAAUGACAAAUUUAAAAUAGAUUAAUUAAACAAAAUUAUUUUUUUCUGGAUUUUACUCUUUUAUAAACUAACACACAUAAACCAGAACUUCAUAUUUUGCACCAAAUUAUUGCUGUCUUUUUGUUAUUAUUCUUCUUGUUUUUCUUCUUGUUACUGAAUUGCCAAGUGAAUCUGCUUGUUGCUACUUAUGUGUUACUUAAAGUGCUUUCUGCAAUUUUCAGUUUUACCUUGAUGGGUGUGAACUUUACAGAUCAAACUAAGUUAUUUAUUUUUUUAACUUAUUGCAACAUACUCGUUUUUUUUGCAAAAAAUCAUCUCGCAAUUUUUUGACCGAUUUUUUCGAUAAAAAUUUUUUUUGUGUAAAUUUUUUUUUGGUAUUUUUCUGAACAAUAUUAUGCUAUAUGUGGUACAUCAUAACAAUGUUGUGUUAACGAUCCCCAGAUGAACUUUUAUUUAGAAUUGGUGAUUUUAACCCAGCGGUUCAAUUUUUGAACCAUGUUUUAAUCUAAGUGUUUAAACACCAUUUAUUUAUUACACAAUAACUUUAAAUGUGUUAACACAACUGUAUAAUUUUUGCAUAGGCAUUAAAAGGCUCAUAAAAUAACAGUAAAACCAACCAUUAUAUAGGAUUCUUAGAUUUUAUAAUUCUUAAAAAAGCGUUUUUCUGAAACGGUCACAUGACACGACUGCUUUGUACAAUCCUUAUACACACAACUAUCCAUGCUUUAUGGUUCUUUCUUUAUCUUUAAAUAAAAGUGAAGGUUUCAUA